AUGGGCCGGGCCCGCCCCGCCUUGCGCCGCCCGCACAGCCCGGACCCCGGCGCGCAGCCCGCGCCUCCCCGCCGCCGCGCCGGCGCCCUGGCGCUGCUCGGAGCCCUGCUGGCCGCCGUCGCCGCCGUCGCCGCUGCCCGGGCCUGCGCGCUCCUCGCCGACGCCCAGGCGGCCGCGCGGCAGGAAUCGGCAUUGAAGGUCCUGGGGACAGAUGGCCUCUUUCUCUUUUCCUCGCUGGACACUGACCAGGAUAUGUACAUCAGUCCAGAGGAAUUCAAACCCAUUGCGGAGAAACUGACAGGGUCAGUUCCUGUGGCCAGCUACGAGGAGGACGAGCUGCCCCAUGACCCCAGCGAGGAGACUCUUACCAUAGAAGCCCGAUUCCAGCCUCUACUCACGGAGACCAUGACCAAGAGCAAAGAUGGCUUCCUAGGGGUCUCCCGCCUCGCUCUGUCAGGCCUCCGCAACUGGACAACAGCAGCCUCGCCAAGCGCAGUGUUUGCCGCCCGCCACUUCCGGCCCUUCCUGCCCCCUCCAGGUCAGGAGCUGGGCCAGCCCUGGUGGAUUAUCCCUGGGGAGCUGAGCGUCUUCACGGGCUAUUUGUCCAACAACCGUUUCUACCCGCCGCCGCCCAAGGGCAAGGAGGUCAUCAUCCACCGGCUACUGAGCAUGUUCCACCCGCGCCCCUUCGUGAAGACCCGCUUUGCCCCUCAGGGCACCGUGGCCUGCCUGACUGCCAUCAGCGAUUCUUACUACACUGUGAUGUUCCGGAUCCACGCCGAGUUCCAGCUCAGCGAGCCUCCUGACUUCCCCUUCUGGUUCUCGCCGGGCCAGUUCACCGGCCACAUCAUCUUAUCCAAAGAUGCUACACACAUCCGUGACUUCAGGCUGUUUGUGCCCAAUCACAGGUCCCUGAAUGUGGACAUGGAGUGGCUGUAUGGGGCCAGUGAGACCAGCAACAUGGAGGUGGACAUUGGCUACGUCCCCCAGAUGGAGCUGGAGGCUGCGGGCCCCUCAGUGCCCUCUGUGGUCUUGGAUGAGGAUGGCAACAUGAUUGACAGCCGCCUGCCCUCGGGAGAACCCCUCCAGUUUGUGUUUGAGGAGAUCAAGUGGCACCAGGAGCUGAACUGGGAAGAAGCAGCCCGGCGCCUAGAGGUGGCCAUGUACCCCUUCAAGAAGGUCAACUACCUGCCGUUCACGGAGGCCUUUGACAGAGCCAAGGCUGAGAACAAACUGGUUCAUUCCAUCUUGCUGUGGGGGGCCCUGGACGACCAGUCCUGCUGAGGUUCCGGGCGGACUCUCCGGGAGACUGUCCUGGAAAGCCCGCCCAUACUCACUCUCCUCAAUGAAAGCUUCAUCAGUACCUGGUCCCUGGUAAAGGAGCUGGAAGACCUGCAGAUCCAGCAGGAGAACCCACUCCACAGGGAGCUGGCAGGCCUGCACUUGGAGAAGUACAGCUUUCCGGUGGAGAUGAUGAUCUGCCUGCCCAACGGCACGGUGGUCCACCACAUCAACGCCAACUACUUCCUGGACAUCACCUCCAUGAAGCCCGAAGACAUGGAGAACAAUAACGUCUUCAGCUUCUCAUCCACCUUUGAGGACCCAUCCACAGCUACCUAUAUGCAGUUCCUGAGGGAAGGACUCCGGCGUGGCCUGCCCCUCCUCCAGCCCUAGUGUGCCUAGUCCCUAGAGAACCUGGACCUGGUGAAAAACCUGGCAGACAGAAUCCACACGCCUUGGAGCCACAGUGCCCUGAGUCCAUUUCAGACUGGAAGUGGCACCCACCUCAUCUCCAGGCUGCCCAGAGAAGUCCAA